AUGAGCGCCAUGACGGCCACCCUCCACCACCGUCCCCGCUCGCGCUCGCCCCUGGAAGACGAGGAUCUGCUCUCCGAGAUCCUCCUCCGCCUCCCGCCGCAGCCGUCCUCCCUCCCCCGCGCAUCCGCCGUCUGCAAGCGCUGGCGCCGCCUCGUCUCCGACAGCGGCUUCCUCCGCCGCUACCGCCAACACCACCGCCGCAGCCCUCCGGUCCUCGGUUUCUUCCGCAGCGACUAUCCAGGCAUCUCCUACACGCCUGCCAUGGAGGCCCCCGACCGUGUCCCCGCCAGUCGCUUCUCCUUGCAUCUCAAUGACAGGUACAUUAUCCUCAGCUGCCGCCAUGGCCUCGUGCUCAUCUCCCACUCGUCGCGGAACCAGGUCCUGGUAUGGGACCCCGUCACCGGCGACCAGCACCGCGUUGCUGCUCCCCUAGGGAUCGACAUGACCACUACCCCGAUGGACGGGCAGGUGCUUCGCGCUGCCGCCGACGCCCAACACUUCCAGGUGGUAUUGGUAAACUACAAGAAGAAAUAUGCACGAGCAAUCGCGGCCAUUUACUCGUCGGAGACCGGUGUAUGGAGUAAUCUCAUCCAAACACCGGUUCCACGUGAGGCCAUGGAAUAUGAAUCCAUGCCCCCUGUGCUGGUCGGGGAUUCUCUUUACAUCUUGCUCCCUGGCGAUAGUACAAGUGUAAUUCUCGAGGUUGAUUUGGAUAGCCAGAGCCUAGCUGUGUCAGGUCUGCCAAUGGAUACCUUUGCCAAAGAUCAAUUCUUGAUGGUUAUGCGAGCAGAGGGUGGCGGGCUGGGCGUACUCUCCCUGACAGGAUUCGCCGCCGAGUUAUGGAAGAGGAAUACUAACUGUGAUGGUGUUGCUUCAUGGGUGCUGGGACGAACUUUUGAACUGGAUAAGCUACUUCCCUUGAAUUCAGAGAAUAUAAGGCACACAGCGAUGGUAGCUUAUGCUGAGGAAAACAAUGUGGCUUUCUUGCGGACAUUUGACAGUAUCUUCAUGGUCCAGCUUGAGUCAUUGCAGUUCAGUAAACUUCCUGAAAACAGUAAUUGUGAUAUCUGUUAUCCAUUAGAAAGUGUCUAUGCUGCAGAAACAAGCAUUGGUGGUGGACAUGAUGGAGCUGAUCAAAAUAUGCUGAAUCAAUGA